AUGAUAAACAACAACAAUAAUAAUAAUAACAAUAAUAAUAAUCUUUUUAUAAAACUACCACAUAUAUUAUUAACAAAGAUAAUUAAUAAUUUAGAAGAUAAUAUUGAUAGGAUUUGUUUUAGUUUGAUAUGUAGGCGAUUCUAUUUUGAAAGAGAUCAUUAUCUUUUAUUUCAAAGUAGCUACCUAUUAAAGAGUGUAUCGCUUAAUGAUCUCAAAGAUUUCAAAUUAAACUCUUUUCGUAAACAAAUAGAAUACUCGAGAGAUAGUAAAGCUGAUUGUUCACUACUUUUUGGUAAUCGUGAAGAGUUGGAUAAUCUAAACAUUGGAAAUCUAUUUGAUUUAAAUGAUUAUUUUUUAAACUAUGAUGAAUUAGGUACUGCUAAUAAUUUAAUUAUACCUAAAUCGGUUACCAACAUCUAUUUUUCCGAUAGUUUCAAUAGGAGAAUCGAUAUAUUGGCAAAAGCAUUGGCACAAUCAAAUGUAACCUAUAUUUGCUUUGGUGAUGACUAUAAUCAACCGAUCGAACCAGGAACCAUUCCGGAAUCUCUACCGGCAUCCGUUAGAACCGUCAGUUUCUCGCGACCGCCGACACCCGCUGCUCUAUCGGAGGGCGAUAUUCCCGAUACAAUCACUUCACUUAACCUCGGAUACUACGGGCAACCGUUGGAGCCAGGUGUAAUUCCAAGCUCUGUCAAAGAACUUAACCUCGGUAAUUUCUAUCACUAUCCAAUAAAGAGUGAUCAUAUCCCAGAGUCGGUGGAAUCGCUGGAACUUGGUGAAAUUUACAAUAAUACGAUCGAACCAAACACCCUACCAAAGUCUAUCAAAACACUUGGAUUUUCUUAUAAUUUCAACAAGAAACUCGAACCAUCUAGUAUUCCAGAUGGCGUCGAGUCGCUAAGGUUCAACUACUGUUUCAAUGAAAACCUUACACCUGGAAUCAUUCCACCCACUGUGAAAGAGUUGAUUUUCAAGGGUGAAUACUAUGACCUCUCGGAGAGUGUAGUACCAUCCGGUGUAAAGUCACUUGAAAUCCCAAAUUUCGUACACAAGCUGCAACCAAAUGUCAUACCAGAUACAGUAGAGGUACUCACAAUCUCGAUGGAUUUCUUUAAAAACAACUCCAUUGACAUAAUCUCUGACUCUGUCAAGACAAUUCGAUUGAUAUGUGACUAUCAGUUUUAUGAUAUCAAGCGUGUUGCUCAUAAUGGUGGUGGUAAUCUACAAUACUUGAUACUUGGAGAUUCAACAACCAUACAAGGAGGCUUUGUAAAUUCUUCAUUCUUUCAUAAUAUUUAUAAAUAUAUAAAUAUAAAAGAUUAA